AUGUGUACUGGAGCUCAUGCUACUUUUAACUCUUUCAAAUUGUCUCGAUCCAAAAUUGAAAAAAAAAAUCUGCAAUACGAAGAAAAUAUGUAUCUGCAGUUAGAAUUAGAAAUGCAUCUAGAAUUAGAUUUUAGCAUUUUAGGUGGAGUACACCUGUUUAAAUAUCUUUUGGAUUAUCUUCAUGGAUAAGUUCAGAUUCCUGAAGAUGAGCAAAUUCGAAUUCUACUGCAGGAGACAGCAGAUCAUUUUGGCAUCCCUUACCCAACCAGUCUGCCUGAUCAUUUGGCUAAUGAAAUAGAGACGUAUUCUUUGAAGUAAAAUAUAGAAAUUUAAAGAGUCUUGGUUGAUUUUUGUAAUUCUUAUGAUUUAGUUUGUACUAAGGCUACAGUUUGGGUCCUGCACUGUCUCAACACUUCUGGAGCAAGCUGUGAAAGUAAGAUUAUUGGUGUGUAUGCCACAAAAGCAGAUGGGACUGAUGCAAUUAAUAAAGAUCAAGGAAUGAAAAUGCAUAGUAAAAGCAUUUACAAAAGAGAAGCUGGAAAUAAUGUCCAAUUCAUCUGGAGCUAUUACUCAGCAGAUGAGUUGAAAAAGAUGCUGGAUGCUUUUGAUGCCUGGGAAGCGAGAGGUAGAGUAUCUUUUUUAGUCAGCUACCAGAGAGUGCCUCAGGAGAUGACUGAAUGCUGGACUCUUGAAGAGAACCCUUUGAAAGGCAUCAUAAAGCCAGUUCAUAAAAGAUGACUAAUUGACUUUACUAAAGAGGAAGACUAUUUGCUACGUAAAGCGGGUCCUAAGCCAAUUAGAUUCUCAGGUCCCUCAAAAAGUACCGUUAUCAAAGUCAAGAAUUUAGCUUCCUUAAAGGUAGCUGCUCACAAUGCUUCACGUUCUGCAGCAACUCUUAAAGGGCCCCAUAGUGAAAGUUCAACACGGCACAAAGUAGCUUCUGAAACAUCUACCAGACACAGGCGGGUGCCCAGCAGUUCCUAGGCACCCAGAGGGAGGCAGAGUGCUGACAAGGGUGCCCCGCAUCAGAUGACAUCCAAGAUGGCAGCAUCUAGGCAGCCUAUAAGCAACAGUGUAGUAAAGCUGAAGUGAACUCUGCUUUGCCUUGAGACACCAUCUCAGCUAUCUUCUGUAUCCAGCAAAAUGUGUGAACACGGCAGUGCUGCUGUUGAAACUCCUGCUCCUUCUAUGGUACAAAAUGAGGAAAAAAGAGCAGUAUUAGCAGACAUUAAGGUAAAGAAUGAUGAAGUGGAUGGUUAA